AUGGCUGGACGUACUACCCGCACCCGUGUCGCUGCUAGCACCGGCGGAAAGGCCCCCAAGGCUGUCACCAAGAAGGCGGCUGCUCCGACUCAGGCUAAAGGUGCCAAGGCUGCAGCAGUGCGCAAGACCACGGCUCCUUCCCGCAAGGCCCCAGCAGUAUCUGCUGCUAAAGGGAAGGCCAUCCGUGGCAAGGCAGCACGGGCCAUUGACAGUGAUGCUGAGGAAGGCUCUGAGGACGAUGACGAGGAGGACAGCCGCCAGGAGGUUGAGCUGACCCCAAAGAUUGGACGCAGCCGUGCUGCCAACUCUAGCCCGCCGUCUACACCAAAGACUCCAUCACCUGUCAAGGCCGGUCGUGGCAGAGCUGCCAAGCCGAAGUCCACCCCUGCUAAGCGUGCCAAGCAGGUGGACUCUGAGGACUCCGAAGAUGAAGGAAUCUCUCCUGCAAAGAAGGUCAAGACGGUGCCGGCCCCAGUCAAGCAGAGUUUUGUCCCUCUCCCCCGCACACAGACCAUCAAAGCGCAGAUUGCUGCUGAAAGAGCUGCUGCUGAGAAGGCUAAGAAGAUCAUGGUCGACAAGGAUGUUCAGACUGAGCUGAGCGGCACCGUGGACAGAAAGGUUCAGACCAAGCAGCGCAGCAGCGUCGAGGUGGUGAUCCCCGUGCGUAAGACUCCCGGCAAGUCCAAGAACACGCCCGUCAAGGCCAGCAACACUAGCAAGGCUGCGAAGACCUCUAAGGCCCCGAACUCUGACUCGUCGGUGUUCACUCGCGAGACUGACGACGAGGACAAAGCGCGCCUUCAGCGUCGUCUGUUCACCGACCAUCUUCCUGAGCCCCUGCGCACCAUUCAGGAUCACGGGAGCAGCAAGGACACCGCACACAUGUCUUCUCUGGACAGUGGAGAAGAGGAGGAUGAUGCCGCCAUGGAAGAUCUUGCAGAUGACGUCACCAACAAGCUCGUCCUCGAUGUUGACAACCCUGAUGUUGUGGAUGAAGCGCUCAGGGACACGUACCAGGGCUUGCCAGUAGUGCGAUCUUGUGAUGCACUCACCGCAGACGGUUCCCUCAUCAGCACUGUGCCAUACACGCAAGGCCUUGUCGACAAGCAUGACGUGAACCCUAGUGCCCUGAAGAGACUGGCCACCUUCAGCAAUGAUGGCGGCUACGUCAUCAACCCUGCGCGCUUUGACCCAGCCAAGGUCACCUUGAGUACAUUUGGCCAAAGUGCUAACAAGGUGCUCUCCUGGAAGCCGCAGUCGGGGCAGCAUGCCCGGGCUAUCUGCAUGACCAUGGGCUUCGUCUUCACCUGUAAUGUCGUCUUCCCGACGUCGUUUGGAAAGCAGCAGUCACAGACUGUAAAGUCAGUCCUGUUUGGCCCUGUGCGGGCGGAGUGGGAGCGGACGAUGGCUUUCUUUGGCACUGUGUUCAACCGCAGCGAGCUACCUAUCAGCACCUUCACUGCAUCGCAGCGCUACGUCGGUGUCAACAUGCGCACCUUCCCUUCUGAUCCCACCCCAGCGC